AUCGGAGAUAUUAUUCUACUAAACUAACCGCCAUCUCAAACUGAGUUGCACAGAGAGAGAGAGAGAGGGGUGAGGUGGAGGGAGGGGGAGAGAGAUUACUUUUGGAACUGAAUACUUGGCUUCAUUUUCGGUUCGAAGACAAAUUUUGUCUACCGAGUCUGUUAUUAGUGUUAAUCAUGAUAGGUGUUCUAUAACGGUCAAAAAACAUAAGAAGAAGAUUUGAUAAUAAUACGGGAAGAAUGGACUGUAUCUGCAGUUUUCAGCAGCUGAGUGUGAUUUCUGGCGGUGAAGGUUCUAACUAUAGCUUGUUAGAGAGUUUGAAUUCAAAUUUGAGCUUUAAAUGUAGAUCCAUUGGCAGUAAGAGGCUGGUUUUGGCAGGCCGCUCAGAAAAGUUGAAAAAAUUGGUAACUUGUUGUAGAAAUGAAGUUGUUAGUUAUCUAGGUUGUCAUAUGUUACCAAGGAGUUCGGGAUUCAGUUUUACUUGUGGUAUUGAGUCAUCAAGUGGAGUGGUUAAAACAUGCUGUCAGGGAGAGGAUUCAGUUGUGUUUAUUAAUGGAAAUGGCAAUGGUCGGAGAGUAGAUUAUGGUGCGAGUGCCAAUGGGGAGGGUCUAACAGACGGGGUUGAUGACAGUUCAGAAGGUGAUGGUGUAGUAGAGGAAGUUGAAAAGGUUGAAGGAACAGAUAUCCUAAGUUUAGAGGGUUUAAGAGGAUUGUUACAGAAGGCUCUUAAAGAACUAGAGAUUGCACAGCUAAACAGCAGAAUGUUUGAGGAAAAAGCUGAGAGGAUAUCAGAAGCUGCAAUAGCGUUGAAAGAUGAAGCAGACAGUGCAUGGAAGGAUGUUAAAUAUACACUUGCAGCUAUCCGAGAGAUUGCAAAAAGAGAGGGUAGGGCAAAAGAAGUUGUUCAGACUGCAACGAUGUCCCUUUCUUUAGCAAUGGCGAGACUUCAGGUAGCAGGGGAAUCCUUAGAAAGUGCUAAAAGAAAGACUUCCUAUAAGGAUAAAUCUACAGAAGGUUAUGCAGAUUACGAUAAUGUAGGAGAUAAGUCUAAUGCAUUAAGAGAAGAGGAAGAAACAAUCUUGUCUGCCCAGGAAGAUAUCAGAGAGUGUCAGGCUAGGUUAGCAAAAUGUGAGAUGGAGCUGAGGCAGAUACAGAGCAAAAAGCAAGAGCUGCAAAAGGAAGUGGGCAGGCUAGUCGGGGUUGCAGAGAAAGCUGAAAUGGAUGCUUCAAAAGCAGAGGAAGAUGUUGCUAAUAUAAUGCUUCUCGCUGAGAAAGCCGUUGCUUUUGAACUAGAGGCUGCAAAACAGGUAAAUGAUGCCGAGAUUAUUCUACAGAGAGCCGAGAAAACCCUCUCCGUUUCCCCUGUCACUUCUUCAAAGUGGGUAUUACAGCAGAAUGAAUCAUCUAAAGUGAGUGAGAGUACACUUGUUGAAGAGGAUAAGAUGAGCCUCGAAAAUUCAGGCGAUAGUAAUGUUGACAGAGACAAAAAAGUACCACAGGAUACUUCGUCUUUGAUUGGUGAUGCCUCGUCAGAUAACCAGUUAGAUGUACAGGGACAGAGACUUGAGGACUCCAGUGAAUCUGGAGAUGGUGUCCUUGAGAAUGGAAAAUUGAGUACAUCACAAAAAGAGAUUGAAGAAGAAGCAGAGAAGUCAGAGAAUGUAGUUCACAAUAGGAAAUCAGAGUCACAGAAAGAUUCAAAUCGAGACAGCUCUCCACAUAGUGCUCCAAAAGCAUUGUUGAAUAAAUCUUCUCGUUUCUUCCCUGCAUCAUUCUUCUCUUUUGCUGGUGAUGGGACUGAGUUCACUCCAACUUCUUUCUUUUAUGGGCUUAUUAAGUCUGGAAGAGAACAACUGCCAAAGCUGGUGGUUGGAUUGUUGCUUGCUGGAUCAGGGAUUGCCUUUUAUGCUACCCGCACUGAGAAGGUUAAUCAUAUUUUCCAACAGUCAGAUAUCAUUACUGCUAGCAUUGAUGAAGUUUCAUCAAAUGCAAAGCCUAUACUUCGACAAGUACUGAAAUUACCGAAGAAAUUAAAAUUAUUAAUGGACAAGAUUCCUCAUCAAGAGGUAAAUGAGGAAGAAGCUUCUCUUUUUGACAUGUUGUGGUUACUUCUUGCAAGUGUUAUAUUUGUCCCUCUAUUCCAGAAAAUUCCGGGAGGCAGUCCUGUUCUUGGCUAUUUGACUGCUGGUAUCUUGAUUGGACCUUAUGGUUGUUCCAUUAUCCGCAACGUACAUGGAACAAAAGCUAUAGCUGAAUUUGGCGUUGUUUUCUUAAUGUUUAAUAUUGGCCUUGAGCUUUCUGUCGAAAGGCUAAGUUCCAUGAAGAAAUAUGUUUUUGGGUUGGGCUCGGGUCAGGUAUUGGUAACAGCAGUAGUGGUUGGAAUGAUUGCUCAUAUUGUUGCUGGACAGGCAGUUCCUGCAGCCCUUGUCAUUGGUAAUGGUUUAGCAUUAUCUUCUACUGCUGUUGUCCUUCAGGUACUCCAGGAAAGAGGGGAGAGCACAUCACGCCAUGGACGAGCUACAUUCUCUGUAUUACUUUUCCAGGAUUUGGCUGUCGUGGUUCUGCUGAUACUGAUACCUCUUAUUUCACCGAAUUCAUCUAAAGGAGGGGUUGGGUUCCAAGCAAUUGCUGAAGCUCUUGGAAUGGCAGGCCUCAAGGCUGUUAUUGCUAUUAGUGCAAUUGUCGCCGGAGGACGCUUGCUGCUUCGCCCAAUAUACAAGCAAAUCGCAGAGAAUCAAAAUGCGGAGAUAUUCUCUGCCAACACACUCCUAGUAAUUCUUGGUACAAGUCUACUCACUGCGAGGGCUGGCCUUUCUAUGGCGUUGGGUGCAUUUUUGGCUGGUUUGCUUCUUGCCGAGACUGAGUUUUCUUUACAGGUGGAAUCAGAUAUUGCUCCGUAUCGUGGCCUUUUGUUGGGUCUCUUCUUUAUGACGGUGGGAAUGUCCAUUGAUCCUAAACUUCUCCUUUCAAACUUUCCAGUUAUUAUGGGGACAUUAGGACUAUUAAUAGGUGGAAAGACGAUAUUGGUUGCUCUAAUCGGCAAGCUUUUUGGUAUUUCAAUCAUAUCUGCAAUAAGAGUCGGUCUUCUACUUGCUCCGGGUGGAGAAUUCGCAUUUGUAGCUUUUGGUGAAGCUGUCAAUCAGGGUAUCAUGUCUUCUCAAUUGUCAUCGCUUUUGUUUCUGGUAGUUGGUAUCUCAAUGGCCCUGACACCAUGGUUAGCUGCUGGAGGCCAAUUUAUAGCUUCUCGUUUUGAGCAGCAUGAUGUAAGAAGUUUAUUACCUGUUGAGAGUGAGACGGAUGAUUUACAAGAUCAUAUUAUAUUAUGUGGAUUUGGACGUGUCGGCCAGAUCAUUGCUCAGCUUCUAUCUGAAAGACUAAUACCAUUUGUUGCUCUGGAUGUCAAGAGUGAUCGAGUAUCAGUUGGGCGUGCCCUCGACCUUCCCGUGUACUUUGGUGAUGCUGGUAGUAAAGAGGUUCUGCAUAAAGUUGGAGCUGAACGAGCUUGUGCUGCAGCAAUAACUAUGGAUACUCCAGGUGCAAAUUAUAGAACUGUCUGGGCUCUGAACAAGUAUUAUCCCAAUGUCAAGACCUUUGUGCGUGCUCAUGAUGUUGCUCAUGGGAUUAAUUUGGAGAAAGCUGGUGCAACAGCGGUUGUCCCAGAGACGUUAGAACCAAGCCUGCAAUUAGCUGCUGCUGUUCUUGCACAAGCUAAACUUCCGACGUCUGAGAUAACAGCAACAAUCAACGAGUUUAGGUCUCGCCAUCUCUCUGAGCUUACCGAGUUGUGUGAAGCAAGCGGAAGCUCUCUUGGUUAUGGUUAUUCUCGGAUGAUGACCAAACCCAAAUCAAUGCCACUGGAUCUUUCUGAUGAGGACGAAUUACCUGAAGGAACUCUGGCAAUAUAACCAUCAUAUUAAAGACAGGAAAGUGAAGAAAUUAAGGAAAAAAUAGAUGAAUAUACACUUUGAUAAUGUACAGCGUACUCUGCCAAAAUUAUGCAUUGAAAUUUCACCAACUCUGUAACAUAAUAUUUUUCACAACUUUCAAAUUUCAAGGGGCUACAUAAGUAUAUUUUUAGUAUGAA